UAAAAGUAGGACGAUGACUAUAAACGCACUCGGAAUGCAGAAGACCAGUUUAGUCGUACCUGUUAAUCAUACCACGUCGCAGUGUGUUGUUCGUACGGUCUUCUUGUAGAAGUCGGCUAUCGUAAAUAACCGUUGCCCGUAUAUCCAGCUUAAAAUGAUAAAACAAAUAUUUUUGUUUGUUUUUGGAUUGACAAUUGUUGUAGCACAGAGAAGAUUAGCAUUGCCAGAUCCACGAAGUUGUUCCAGUAGAAUUCGUCAUGCUUCAUAUCGAGAUGCCCGUGGUGUUACGCAUUCCUAUUUUUUCAGCUGGGAACAUGCCCCCACUAAAAGUUUAGAAGUAGAUUGGCUUGAUGCGAGAAACAUUUGUCGUAGACAUUGCAUGGAUGCGGUAAGUUUAGAAACGCCACAAGAGAACGAGUUCGUUAAGCAAAGAAUAUCUAGAGGAAAUAUAAGAUACAUUUGGACAUCGGGACGAAAAUGUAACUUUAAUGGAUGUGACCGUCCUGAUUUAGUACCUGCUAAUGUAAACGGUUGGUUUUGGUCUGGUUCUGGUGCAAAAAUUGGCCCAACUACUCAACGUAACUCUGGUGACUGGAGUCACACUGGAGGAUUUGGGCAAGCACAACCAGACAACAGGGAAGCACCACAAGGCAAUGAUGAAUCAUGUUUAGCUGUAUUGAAUAAUUUUUACCAAGACGGAGUGAAGUGGCACGAUGUCGCAUGUCACCAUUUAAAACCAUUUGUGUGCGAAGACAGUGAUGAACUUUUGAACUUUGUUCGUUCCCGUAACCAAGGAAUUCGUCUAUAAGAUGCUUUGACAUUUUCUAUUUAAGUAAAUUAUAUUGUUAGUAUAUUCAUUAAAGCACAAAAACAAAUACUUAGAAAAAUCAAUUUACAAUGAUAUUUAAGUACACCCCAAGCCUAUAAUACAUAUUAUAUAAGUAGUUU